AGGAGCUCGGCUGCGUGCGACCAGCCCGGCCUCUCGGGCGCCUGGCGCGAGGGGAAGAGGACUGUUACUUGGCGGCUCGGAGCAGGCGCUACCGCAGUUCAGCUGGGAGUCUCUGCUGUCCGGACACACACAGCCCUCGCCCCGCCGCCAUGUCCAAGGAGGAGAAGAAGCCUUUCAGCCAGACCAUGGCCGAGUGGCGGCAGUUCGUGUACAACCCGCGCAGCGGCGAGUUUCUGGGGCGCACGGCCAAGAGCUGGGGUCUAAUCUUGCUGUUUUAUCUGGUAUUCUAUGGUUUCCUAGCAGCACUCUUUACGUUCACAAUGUGGGUUUUGCUUCAGACCCUGAGUGGAGAUAUUCCCAAAUAUCGUGACCGGAUUUCUAGUCCAGGACUUAUGAUUUCACCAAAGCCAGUCACUGCAUUGGAAUUUUAUUUUAACAAGUCUGACUCCAAGUCAUAUGCAGAAUAUGUUUCUACCCUUAAACAAUUUCUAAAGUCGUAUGACGAUUCAAAACAAUCCAAAAACAUAGCAUGUACCGCAGGAAAACUGUUUGAACAGAAUGAAGAUCGUGCUGUUAAACAGGCAUGUCAGUUUAAUCGCACUAUGCUUGGAUCAUGUUCUGGAGUGGAAGAUGACACUUUUGGCUAUGCUAAAGGAACUCCAUGUGUGCUUGUGAAAAUGAAUAGAAUAAUUGGAUUAAAGCCUGAAGGAGAACCACAUAUACAAUGUUCACCUAAGGAAGAAGGCAAGGUUCAGAUAACUUAUUUUCCUGAUGGGGGAAUGAUUGAUUUAAUGUAUUUUCCAUACUAUGGAAAAAAUUUACACGCUGACUAUCUACAGCCACUAGUGGCUGUUCAACUAGCAAUUAACUCCAGCAGUACCAAAGAUGUAACAAUUGAGUGUAAGAUUAUGGGAUCUCCCAAUUUAAGAAACGAAGAUGACCGUGACAAGUUUCUUGGACGAAUUUCCUUCAAAGUUCAGAUGUCUGACUAGCAUGAGUCAAUCUCCACAAAGUAAACCUUAUGUUGUCUGUUUUUUUAUUUUAUAUCAGCUGGACGUGCCAUUCCAGGAUAUAAGACCACCUGGGAUAAUGUGGCACAUGGCGUUCAGGGUAGCAUAAUAGUGUGCUUCCAAAUCAUAUUUAAAAUCCCUCAAAAUAACUGCCUGUCAAGCUUCUGCCUGCCCCACUGGACCAGUGUACAGACCAUAGUUAUGUGAUAUUAGGGACCUGUAAAUAGUUGAUUCCAGACAUGUAAUAAUGGUGGUCUUUGUCUGUUCUAAAAUGUGGUUUUAUCCCCAAGUGACUGUCUCAAACAUAAUGUGCUGUGCUAUGUAAAUACUGUAUUGAUUUAACACUGGUUUGACUGUCAUAUCUCAACACUGAUACAGUUUUAGGGAUCAAAUGUUAAGAAUAAAUGGUACCUGACCAACAUAGUUAUUUUUAAAAAACAAAAACAAAAAAACAACUCUGCAAGUAUUGCGUGUGUGGAGACGCCUUAAGUCCUGUACUGGGUUGGGAGGACUAAAUAAAGUGGAUUUUAAAAGUGUUGGUAUGGAUUUUUGAAAUUAUUUAAGUGCUGAACUAGUCUGUUUUUGUGCUUGUCACUGUGCAGGUAUGUGUAAACAUGUAAUAUUUAGUAUUUUAGUUGAGAAAUUGAAUCUCAUUGUAUUGUUAAUUGCUUGCAGUAUGUGGUACCCAAAUAAAACACAUACAAUGUAAUUUAAAAACUUUAGUUGAGAAAUAUCAUCUGAAACAGUUUCUUUGAAAUGUUAAUGGUUUUGAGUCCUGGUAACAAUUGUACUACAGAGUUUGCUUGAAAGAAAUGGCCUCACUAUUCUGUGAGUCGCCUUUUGUUUUUCAAUAAAAUCAAAAUUCCUAAAAUGAAAACUUCUGUUUUAAAAUUAAAAGCAAAAUGAGAAUUGUCUUGAUUAAACAUUCCUUUAAUGUUUAUACUUCGUUCCCUCACAUCACUUUUGCCAUAUCUGAUUUAUUUUAUUUUAUUUUUUACUUUCACUCAACUUUUGUAUUGAAUUUUUUGUUUGCUGCUUCAUCCACCGCUUGAGAAAAAUUUGCUUUACUCAUCUUGUUACCUGAAAAACCACUUUUCAGUUUGCAGCUAGUCCAGGUUUCUGAGGUUGCACAUUACAUCAAAUUGAAUUGCAGUCAUUUAGAUCUCUCACUAUUGCAGUUCCUGCAAUGUUGCUGAUAAAGCAGCAGUGCCACUCUUUCCUAUUGUUUUUUUCGCACGUGUGCUCCUUAGUCUAAUUCAGUUUUUCAUGAUGAAGAAAAUUUGCUUUGAACUAGGAGAGAUUUCCAUUAUCUGUUUGACUUAACCAGACUUUAAUCGUUUCAGCUGAAAUUUCCCAUGCCUUGAUGUCUGCUUCAGACUUAAUUUUUUUUUAUAAGUUUUAGAAUAUCUCUACACUACCCACUGGAUCGGUGGGCAGCGAUCGAUCCAGCGGGGUCGAUUUAUCGCGUCUAGUUUAGAUGCAAUAAAUCAAUCCCUGAGCGCUCUCCUGUCAACUCCUGUACUCCACCACCACGAGAGGCGCAGGCGGAGUCGACGGGAGCAGCAGCAGUCGACUCACUGUGGUGAAAACACCAUGGUAAGUCAAUCUAAGUACGUCUACUUCAGCUACGUUAUUCACGUAGCUGAAGUUGAAUAACUGAGAUCGAUCUGCCCUCUUCCUCCUCCCCCCUCCCCCCCCCCCCGUGUGUAGACCAGGCCUUAGUAAAAAUGGGUCAGCAGCUUCUGAGACCAGGUUGAGAGGAAAUAAUUCUUAUAACCAUUUUACUGAGAAGUUCUAGCUUCUUGAUGCUUCAGAGUAGGGUUCUCUGGUUCCCUACUGAAGCCAGAGGGAUGCAUUUUGCUGUCUCCAUGAAAAUCAACCCAAUUUUGGCUGAGUUAUAAGCCUCUGAAAAUUGUAGUUGGCACUUGCUCAUUGGAGGCUUUUUAGAAUUUGGUAGCGAAAUUAUCUGAAGAUUCCAUCCACACUGAGAUUAUUCCAGCUCUGGCCAUGCAGGAACUGAGUAGGACUUUCCCUGCUCCUCAUAGCUGGUGGUAGCAAAUGUGCUGCUAGAUAUUAGAACUGAGUGAAAUCUCUCUUCUUUGUGCUCAGUGCUCCCCCUGUUAGUGCACAGGCAGCAUGGAGGAAAUUUUGACCCAAUUAGUAGUUUGUUUCAGAUACUUUUGUUUCUUGAUGCGACUCAAAGUAAUUUAAAUAAUUGGAAAAAUUAAAUAUUUGAAGUUUGCUACUGAUUCUGAAAUGAGAUGUUCAGUUAGUCCAUAAAUCUGGGUCUACAGAAGUUUGAGUGUUUUUUGCAAUUUUUUUAAUUAGUUGACAUUGUUAAUCCAUCUGUCUGAAAAAUCAAACUGAUUCUGACUUCAGUAAACCAGUGCACACAGUAUUUUUAUCCAGCAUGUUGUAUUUGUUUCUAUAAGGUUGUAUGACUCUCACAAGCCCUCUACUGUUUGGAGUUAAAUCACAUUCUUUAGUAAAUUAUUUUAGUAAUCUUUCAGUCAAUAGGAAGAACAUGUUACUGGAAAAAUUCUAUCCUGUCCCCAACAGAUCAUGUUAGCUAUUUUCAGCAAUGUUCUUUUAAACAAAAAAAUCAUUUCAGUUCACUAAUGCCCAGACACUUGUUAAAAUAUGUUGCUAGUAGUACUAAAUCAGGUGCCAAACUACUGAAGCCCUUCAGUGAAUUGACCUUCUCUAUAUCAACAUGUACUCAUAUUUAAUCUACCCUAUAAAUUAGUAUCCUUUUGACUGCAGCAUUACCAGGAGGAUUCUCUUUCUGUAAAGCUGCCCAUUAUGAAAAUUCUAAAUUUAUUAACUUCAUUUUUAUAUCCAUUUCAGCAUCAGUCUGUGUCCUCAUGUGACAUAGAUAUUCUUCUAGUUUCACCUAGUGAACUUUGUUAUAGUUUUCUUAACUUUAAUAUAGUUUUUCUUUUUGUUUGCUGGCUUUUUUUUUUUUUUUUUUUUUUUUUUUUUUUUUUUGAGAAAUGUUAGGAGUAUCUGUAUUCAGAUCCCCAUCCUGAUACAUUAGGGCUAUUCCAUUAUUGUAUAUCCUGUCACCCAGCUUCAAGACUUGCCCAUCAUGUGACAUCAGCUAAAUGCAUUAAAGAUGGGCACUCCAGCUAUAUCAUCUACUUGGAACAGGGACACAUUAAUAGAGCAUUUAAAUGCCACUAAUUUCCCAAGAAUACCCUCAAGAAUAGAGGUGAGGUUGAAGUUAUGCUUUCUUGAGAGAUCUAUGCAACUCCCACCUCCCAUCCCCAAGAAGCCCAGAAAAGAUCAACCAUAUUCCAUCUCAGCACUGGUUAGUUGCAGUUCCGCCUCCCCUCAUGAGCAGCCUCCUCCCACAGACUAUUCAGCAACUGUCAGCCUCUUUGGGGAAGGAUGAAGGAGCACCACUCCAGUCAGGAGUUUGUUCUCUGACCUUGAGUAAAUGACGUAGGUUUCUUACACUAAUACCUGAAGUUUGGAGCCUCUGCCUGGUGCCAUGGCACCAUAGAGUAUUAUGCCACUGAUGGCUUCUAUGUCCUAUAAAGACCACACUGCGCUCUGGCACCAACCUUGCACAGAUACCCUUGGUGACUACCAUCUUGCCUACAGUACCAAGUAGUGCCUCCUCAGUGCUGACCCUUGCUCUGGUCCUGGAUGUUUCGCAUCAGAGAUCCUGGCACUGAAGCCUUUCCUGGUACCAGCCAACCUAUCUGUCAGACUGUUAUUGGAGUCUUCUCUCCUGGAGCAUUUGAGAUAUAUUAUGUAAAAGCAACCAUCUACCUCAGCGCCACUUCAUCUGGUACUGUACAGGGCCCAUAUCCUGGACAUGUCUGCUCCCCUUGUCAGAAGGAAAGUCACUCCUUGUCAUCCUCACCAGAAUGCACUAAGGGCUCCCCUCCCUCCUGAUGCCAGUCUCCACAAUGUGUGGCCCAAUGAGAGUUCAACAAGGAUUGCAGAGAAGACAGCGGAGAACAUAAAUGACCAGAAGAUUUCAAGGAGUGUCCAUUGUGGUACCUUCCUAUGUGCCAACAUCCCAGUUUGCCUACCAAUGUUGGCUAUGCUGGUCUGCCUAGGGUAUGAAUUCCUACUCCAGAAGACCCACAGCCUCUGUUGCUCAUCCAAGAUCUACUUUAGUGAGGAAGUAAUUACAGCCUCCUCCAACCAUCCAACUUGAUCAACCCCAAUUCAUGAAAGAUGAGUACAUUAGGGAGGGAAAUCAACACCCUUCAGAUCAGGUAUCUCUGGCCCUUCAAGGGUUUCUUCUUGAUCUCCUAAUGAAGUGGUUCAUCCACUCUCUAGUCUCUCAGGAUGAGUUCAAAACCUUCCAGGACUUCUUGUAAAGGACCCUAGAGACCCUCAGCAUUCCUCCUGAGGUUAUAUAGGAGAAACAACACCUAUUAUUGGAUGUUCUCUACACAGCAACACCAGGCAGAAUAGCAAGGUGUUCUGGCAUACUCCUAGCUCCAUCCCACCCACUUUAGAGAGCAGUAUAUCAGAUGCCUGGUAGGCAACUCUUACUAUCUGCUUUUCAGUCUCUCAGUGGUCCCCUGGAUUUUCACCAAGGUUCUAGCUAUAGUAGCUGUCCAUCUGUGAAGGAUGGGAAUGCAAGCAUACCUCUUACAGGAUGAUUGAUUGGUUUGGAGAUAAUCACCCACAGCAAGUUACCAAGUCAAUUCACACCAUCUUUUGGCUUCCUUGGGUCUCGAGGUCAACAGGGACAAUCUAUUCUGACCCUGACUCAGUCCAUAGUUUUAUUGGCUUUCUGUUGGAAAGAGCUUAACUGCCUCAACAUGCUUACAAACAAUGGUGGACGACCUCAAUCAGUUCUGCAAGUGCACUAGAAUGCUAGUGAAGACGUGUCUCAAGCUCAUGGGCCCUUGGCAGUGUUCUCCUGCAUCACACAGCUUGCCAGACUUCAACUCUGGCCACUGAAAGGCUGGUUGAACUCAGUUUAUCUACCCAAGAGACACAGCAUGGACCAUCUGCUCAUUGUCCCUAUUGAUGUUCUCUCUUUAAGCUGGUGGGUAAAUCAGUCCAAGUGUGAGUUCUGUUCUGUUUCUUGUCCCAUCAACACAUGGGUCAUGGAUGCUUCUGCCCAAGAAUGGGGAGUUCAUCUCAAUCAUUUCAAGAUUCAAGGAUGAUGGUUACCAAAGAAGGCCCUGCAGCACAUAAACAUACCGAAGCUCGGGGGCAUAUGGUCAGCGUGCAAGGCUGUCCUAAUUCCCCUGGGAAUUAGGGCCUCACUGUUCAAGUGUUCAUUGACAACACCACCAUGAUCCACUACAGAAACAAGGAAUGAGAUCAUCCCUGCUCUGUGAAAAGACUAUGUAUAUUUGAGAAUGGUACAUACUUCAUAACACUGUCAGUGGCUCUCCACCUGUCCAGCUUUCAGAACAUCCUGGCAGCUCACCUCAGCAGGACAUGCUGCAGUACCAUCAAUGGUCCCUCAGUGAUUUGAUUCUUUGUGGUGGUCUUUCUGAAAUGGGGACUGCUAUCCCUGGACCUAUUCACUACAUAUGAGAACAAGUGUGCAUCUGCUCUGGAAAAGGUGUGAUCCCAUGCUCGCUGAUGGAUCCCAUGGUCCCUGAGGCUCUUUUUAUGCCUUCCCACCAAUCCCCAGGAUCCCCAGAGUUCUCAGGAAACUCAAACAAGUCUCUCAGGCUGUGUUAUCCUGCUAGCCCUAACAUGGGCCAGACAGCUCUGUUUUUUUCUGAACUAGCAAGUGUCUCUGACCUCUGAUAACCUCAUGUCUUCUUCCCAAUCUGUGUUCCCAGAAUCAGGACCAAAUGCUGUAUCCAAACCUGGCCUUGCUCCAUCUGAUGUUCUGGAUGCUGGGUGGAUAACCCCUCUGGAGAGAGACUGCUUAUCUGGGAUUCAAGAGAUCCUCCUGCAAAGCAAGAAGCCUUCAGCUUGGCUCAUUUGUACGGCACAGUGGAAAAGAUGCUCUGUGUGGGUAACCCAGUGAUAGCUUUUGCCAUUGUCUACUUUGAUCCCAAAUAUUUUGGACUAUCUGCUCUCCCUGAAAUGGUCCUGCCUCUCUGUCAGCUCUGUUAGAGUGGUGACCAUUUCCACACCCACCAGUGCAAAGUUACACUUUUUGCUCCCCUUAUAGUAUCUAAACUUCGUAAAGGUCUUCUCCCUUCCCGCCCCCCAAUAAAGGGGCAUCCUGCUUCCUGGGACCUCAGUCUGGUUUUAACUGGCGUGAUGGGACCUCCAUAUGAACCCGUGACAAUCUGCUCUCCACAUCUAUCCAAGAAGGUGAUAUUCUUGGUAGCCAUAACUUAGCUGGAAGAGUCGGUGAAAUAAAGGCCCUUAAGACAGGUCCUCCAUAUACUGUCUUCCAUAAGGACAAGGUCACCCUUAGGCCUAAUCCCAAAUUUUUGCCUAGGUGAUCUCAGACUUUCACCUUAAUCAAUUCAUACAUCUCCUGGUUUUCUUUCCAAAACCCACUCUAUCACAGCCGAAAUGAAAUUUACACACUUUGGACACAGUGAUAGCUUUAUCUUUUUUUAUUUGGAUAGAACCAAGCUAUUGAGAACAUCCCCUCGGCUGUGUGGCUUUAACAGAAAGAGAGGACAGUACAGUCCUCUACACUGAGAUUAUCCAAGUGGGUCUGAGACUGCAUCAGGACUUGCUGUUAGAUGAUGAACAAGACUCCUCCAGCUCACAUCAGCGCAUGUUGCACUACGGUGCAUGCAGUCUCCGCAGCUUCCCUCACCAAUGUUCUGGUCUGAGAUAUGUAGAACAGCUAUCUGGAGUUUGAUCUACUUGUUUAUCCUCUACUACUCCCUGGUCCAGUCUUUCAGAUCAGAUGCCAACUUUGGUAGAAUUGUCCUGCAAUCACUAGUCAGGUAGAACUCCUUUCUGUCCUCCUGGUCAGAGAACUGCUUGAUACUCACCAAGAAUGGACUUUCUGUGCACAGUAAUCGAAGAAAACAGAAUGGUUACUGAUGCUACAGUUAAUAUAGUUAUUCAAGAUGUGUUGUCCAUGCAGAUUCUAUGUCAUAAUUGGGGAGCCCUACCAUCUGGGGUUCUUGUUUGCAAAGAAACUGAGGGGCAGUUGCGGCUGCCUCACUCCUUAUGCCCUUGGCUGUGGUGGCCAGAAGGCCUGGCCCCAACAGAUACUACUUUUCAGAAAUAAUCUGGUCUUGUGCACGUGGGGGCUCAUGUACACCAAGAGUGGAAUCUGUGUGGAAAACUCAACUGGAAGAACACAGUUUACCCAGUUUCCAGUACUAGAGGCCUGACCUGGCAUGAUUGUCAGUGAUUUUCAGCUCUCACUGAAGCAUUGGAAGUUGUGGAUGCUGUUCAGCAUUUUGUAGGCUCAGAUUGAUAAUUGUUAGAUGGCAAGAAAUAGACAACCUUGUUCGUACCUCCUUACUACUCUAUUUGAGCUUUUGUUUUUAAGCAUUAUAAAGUUCAGAGUUGUGUGUAAGGUAUGUAUAUAUACUAUAUAUAACUGAAUAGUAAACAUCAGGUGUAGCUCUGAAGCAAUCCCUUAUUUCUGUGUCCUACUCAUUUAAAGGAAAUAUUAGGGACUCUAUGUACUCAAGUACAACUCGCUUUGAAAGCAGAGCUUUAGGAUUGGGUCUUACCUGUUGAAGCAUGUUACCAGAAAGUCAAAUUCCAUAUUUUAGACAGUGUGUAUACUAUGGAGUGAUGCAAAUGUGAUAAAUAAUUGAAUGUAAUGCGGUAAGCUGUCUGAAAUAAAAGUACUUUGUGCUCUCCAA